AUGGUGCUGCGGGUGCGCGAGGGCGAGCGCCUUGCCGCGGACGGGCUGCUGCUGGGCUCCAGCGAUCCGGAAGGUCAUUGCUAUGUCGAGACAGCCAGCUUGGAUGGAGAGAGCAAUUUGAAGAAGAAGACGAGGGCCCCGGCUGUGGCUGAAAUUGGCAUUGAGCAGGUGCGGGCGUGCUCCAGUCAAUGCCCUUCAGGAUAUGACUGGAGAGGCGACAGCAGUGCGCGUAGGGAGAAGAGCGUACCCUAG